UUUAUCCUAGUAUAAUAAACGCCUCUUGAAGAGUUUCGAAGCUUCAUCGUUUGCCGCUUACCCUGUGCUUUGCUUUGAUAAUUUACGCAGCGUGGGUUCAAGAGAUUGGUGUCGAUACUUAAUUUAGUUUCUAAUUUUGAUAUCUAUCAAGAUGCGUAAACGUAAAUCUGUAAAAAAAGAUGACGAAUCCGACGGAUCUGAGCCAGGAGGUGAACCAGAAGAAUUCCAAGAUUCAGGGGAAGAUUGGACGCCGGAUGCUGAUUCGAAUGAACAAGUUCCCCGGGGAGGCCGAAAACGCACAUCCAAACCAGCUCCAAACAAUACAAAAAAGAAACGUAAAAAUGAGGAAUCAUCAGAAGAAAGUGAAGGUGAAGGCGAGGAAGAUGAGGAAGGUGAAGAUGAAGAGGCGGAAUUAGAUGAAGAAGAAGGCUCAGAUGAUGAGAAAAAUGGGUCAGAUGGAAAUAAAUCAGAUUCCAGUCAAUCUAAGGAUGUACCAAAGCAUUUCCAUUCUGGCAAUUUUGUAUUAUUGAAGUCUGAUGUUAAAUGGGAAGGAGAUACAGUGGUAUCUAAUCUCGAUGAACUAAAUUUGUGGAAAAUAGAUGGAAAAGCUUUGCUGCAAAAAUUUAUUCCAAUGGAAUCAAAUGGAAAAAUUUUACACAAGUGCACUUGUGUGUAUUCAGGAUGGAAUGUUGACAACAGAGAUAAUUACUAUCCUAUAACUGAAAUUCUGGAUCGAAACCCACGUACAGAUUCUAAGGAAAUAUGUGUAGCAUUAGAUCUAAAUGAUCUUAUCAAAGUAAGAGACAAGUGAAUUCAUGAUUUUUUUACUUAAUUGCAUUAGAUAAGUGAAAAUAAAUUUAUUAAAUAAAGUUUCCUUUGGCACUUCAUUCCAGUUCACUUAAUGUAAUUCAGACAUUUUAUAAAAAAUGGGGAUUAAUAAAUGUUCAGUGCAGUGAAAUUGUUUUUAAUUUUACUGAGUUAUAAAAAGGAAAUAGGCAAAUAAGAA